AUGACGACGCAGAAUGUGGUGGUGCAAGAGGCGGUGACCAUGGCGGUGCCGCCGCCGGCCGCUGUCCCGAAUUCCUCUCCCAUGUUUCCCUACCCCCCGCCGAGGGCGUCCCCGGGGUACGCCCGCAAGAAGAGUUUUCUGAAGAUGGUGGACAUUGGCGGGGCUCCAAACUCUGGCAGGAUCUUCGUCUCGUUGGAGUCCAUGAGGGCGUCCUCCCCGACGCACCUCAAAGCCCCGACUGCGCUCUUGACUGACGACGACGAUCGUCUCUCCUGGAUGGUGAGUCGCCAACUUUCUCUCUUUCUCGCUCUCUCUCCCUCUGCUUCUGUCUCUGUACGUCCUCCCCUUGGGCCUCUGCUUCCUGGGAAUUGCUGACGUCGGUCCACCAUUCGCAGCGCGACCAUCCCUCGGCGCUGAACAUGUUCGAGGAGAUUGUGGGCAUGUCAAAGGGGAAGCAGAUAGCCAUGUUCCUCGACUACGACGGGACUCUCUCCCCCAUCGUCGACGACCCCGAGGUCGCAUUCAUGUCUGAAGCGGUUCGUCUCCAGUACCCUCCUCUUCCUCCUCCUGCCCUUCUCCUCCUCUGUUCCCCAUUCACGUACUUCCAACAAAAGUUUUCUGUAGUCUGAUUCGUUUCUUGCCUCAGAUGAGGGAGGCCGUCCGGGACGUGGCCCAGUACUUCCCCACGGCCAUUGUCAGCGGCAGAUGCAAGGACAAGGUUAAUAUCUCAUCCAACACCAUAACUUGUUCUGUUUCUGUCUUCUUUCCUUUUCGACGAUGGCUAGCGAUAGGUUUUCAACCUUUGCUGCUCUAAAAGACCUCUCAUGCAUCGGUGCAGGUGUUUGGCUUUGUGCAACUUGCGGAGCUUUACUACGCGGGGAGCCAUGGCAUGGAUAUCCAAGGUCCUGAGGCGUCCAUCGGCAGUAAAUGCACCAGGGUAUGCUUUCCGACCCAGAAGAGUGGAUCCACAUAUCCAUUUAUAUAAAUAUAUAUCUACAUACAGAGGUAGGAGGGGAGAGACAGACAGACAAAGAGAUUUAGUCUGUUUCGUUCUACGGAUUGUUCCUGGUUUAACGUGACGUGGAUUUGCUGCAGGGAAGCAAAUCAGUUCUUUUCCAGCCAGCCAGCGAGUUCCUCCUUAUGAUCGAUGAGGUGAGCUCAGCUUCUUCCCUCCCCCGCCUUGUCUUACCAGGUCCUUUCUAACGGGUCUCUGUUUUUCUUCUCUGGUUACUCACCUCUGAAGGUGUACAAGGCUCUGGUGGAGAAGACCAAAGCCAUACCCGGCGCGAAGGUUGAGAACAACAGAUUUUGUGUAUCCGUACACUUCCGCUGCGUGGAUGAGAAGGUGAGAGACAGAACCCUCAGUUAGGGCUCUGUUCUUGAGUUCUAUGUCGCUUAGUAGAGCUUGCCCUUGCCAUAACUGGGAAGGCCAGAGAUUGCUCUCCUCACCUUCUGUGUUUGCAUGUCUCAGAGAUGGGUCGGACUGGCGGAGCAGGUCGGGUCCGUCCUGAAGGGGUAUCCCAAGCUGCGGGUCACCCAAGGCCGCAAGGUACUUGGCGGGCUGAAGGGGUUCCCUUCCUUCUCUCAGUGAUUUAUGUAAACAAGAUGUGCGCAUCAAAGUGACUGACCUUCCCACUGCAGGUUCUGGAGAUCCGACCCUCCAUUAAAUGGGACAAGGGGAAGGCCCUCGAGUUCCUCCUCGAUUCUCUCGGUAAGCUUCACAUUUGCAAACCCCAGGGACGACGACUCAACCUGAAGUCAAAUGUCAGAUUUGACGAAUUUCUCCUUCCCCUUCUCCUCACAGGUUUCGCCGACAGCGAGGAUGUGCUGCCAGUGUAUAUUGGGGACGACAGGACCGACGAGGACGCUUUCAAGGUACCAUGACUCCGGCUCCGCCAUCUUUCUUUCUUUGUACCCCCUUGGUUUCUCCUCAAAUAUCAGCAGGUAGUUGAGGCCGCAAAGGUCCUCCACCGCCACCGCCGCCGCCUCCGUGGGCGACAACGCAAACCGUUAACUAUUGGUAUCCUGAUGUGAUCGCUCCUCCACCAGGUCCUACGAGAGAGAGGACAGGGGUUCGGCAUCCUCGUGUCGAAGAUCCCCAAGGAUACCAGCGCAUCUUAUUCCCUGCGGGAGCCCCUGGAGGCAAGCUCUCUCUCUCUCUCUCCCAGCGGCCUUCCUUUUCUGUUGGGGGAAGGCUUGGUCUAGGGGAUCACCAGUUGGGUUUGUCGGUGGAUCGUGGACCGAGACCCGCUUUCUCUCUCUAGGUUAUUUAAUGACUUAUGGGCCAUGCAGGUCAUGGAGUUCCUUAAGCGGCUGGUGGACUGGAAACGUGUCUCGACGAAGGGACGCGCGAGGGUGUAA